AUGGCGGCGCUGAGACACUCUCACAAUAUUCCUGAUCAUCGUUGGGAUACUGCUUUACGUAUUGCAUGUUCUACGUUUAAUUUAAAUGAAUUUUAUCCUGAACAAAUAGAGGCGUUGCAGGCGCACUUUUCAGGCCAACAUGUGUAUGUGAACUUGCCUACUUCGUUUGGAAAGUCCUUGAUCUUUCAAGCAGUCCCGUUGAUUUAUGACAUCGUAAAACUUCGAGCGAAAGGCACAAGUAUUAUGGUCGUAAUUUCUCCUUUAAAAUCACUCAUGGAAGAACAGGUUUCAUUCUUAAAGGAAUUAGGAAUACCUGCCGUUUGUAUUACGGACGAAUCGAAAGACAAUGUAAUAGAAGCCGUGAUGCAAGGGCGAUAUUCUCAUGUAUAUGCCUCUCCCGAGUGUCUCCUUUCCACUAACAAGUGGAGAGGAAUAUUUGCUUAUAAAGCGUUCGUAGAAAAUCUUGUUGGAGUUGCUGUAGACGAAGCACACUGUAUUCACCAGUG